UGAGGUUACUUUUGACUUUUGAGUCGGGUUGACAUUUGUCAAAAUUUUAUUUAAUCUUAUUUGGGAGAUUCAUACGUCUUUUUUAGUAAUUUUCCUAAAUUUUGGACAAUAUAUUCGUUCACUAUGUCGGCCGAUCUAAGCUGGAUGAUAAUCAGGAACAAUAAUGCGUUUUUGUCAAAGAAAACUAACAUUAAGAAACCAUUCAGUAAAGAACCAAUGAAUUUAACCAAUUUGGCAUCAAAACGCUACAAUGGUCUUGUACACGAUAACAGCAUUGGUGUGGAAUCUGCUCCUAAUAACAAGGGUUUCACAGUCAUUACUAAAAAGCGCAAGUUGGCAAAUAAACCAGGAAAGUCUCUUGUGAAAGUAAACUUUACUAGUGGUCCAAGAAGGUCAUUGUUCAAGUUGCGUAAAUAUUUGCUUGGAAACAACUACAGAAAAGACCUUAUCCAGGCUUCUCUGAGGAGAGCUAGUGCCAUUUUGGAAUCACAAAAACGAGCUACAUUGACCCUUAAGAAGUUGGGUAAAAGCAAGAAACCUGAUGCUUAAUAUUUUUCAAAUAUAUAUUUUUUUGUCUUAAAACAAACAGUUUUA